AUGGCUCCAAAAAAGUCGACUGAAAACACAUCGAAAGAAUACAAAAAACUCUUGCUUAAACGUGACAACCUGGUCCGUUCGAUUUUGAGUCAUGCCGAAAAAAUGAAAGAAGGAACCACGCCAAAUAUGGCAGCAACUCGGAUGAAACAACUUGAAGGUACGCAUGAAAAAUAUGAGGCAAUUAUCGAAAAAAUAGAAGAUCAUGAUGAUUAUGAUCCAGACCAUUUAGAGGUCGACAGUGAAGAUGUAACCGAAGCAUUUAUUAAGGCAAUAGGAUUGAUUAAAGACACAUUAGGUGAAAAUUCGAACGACACAAUAUCGUUAAGCUCGACUAUGGCAACACGUAGCAUCACAACAACUUCAGAAGUGAAGUUACCCACGAUUUCAAUUCCAAAGUUCGAUGGUUCAAAGGCAUUGGAAUGGACUACAUUUUAUGACACAUUCUCUUCGCUUGUCGACCAAAAUGAAAAAAUACCAAAAAUAAGCAAAAUGCACUAUUUGCGCGAUAGUUUAAAGGGCGAAGCGUUUCGGUCUAUAAGCAAAUUGCCUGCUUCCGACGUUAAUUAUGAAAUCGCCUGGAAAAUACUGCAAGAACAAUAUCAUAACAAACGCGCAAUUGUGAACAACUGCUUGAAAUCGUUCAUUUUCCAAGAUAGCAUUAAAACACAAAAUGCAAGCAGCAUUCGCAAUUUGAUUGAUACCACAAAAGAGUCUCUCCAAUGCAUAGAAUCACUCGAUGUGAGCAUCGAUGAUUGGGAUCCGUUCAUUGUUUAUGUGUUGCAAACGAAAUUGGACAGAGACACAGCAAUUGAUUGGGAGAAAAAACUCAGCGGCUCCAAAGAAAUUCCCGAAUAUUCAACAAUGUUGGAGUUCCUCGAAACUCAAUAUAGAAUAAUGAAAGCGCCAAUAGAAAUGUCAUGCAAUUCACAAGCAACAUCACAGAAAUUCCACUCAACAAGAGUACCAAAUACGAUCAACAAGAAAGAUGUAUGUGAAGUUUGCAAGGGCGAGCAUUAUGUUUUGUUCUGUGACACGUUCAACGCAUGGAACGUCACCCAAAGAAAGCAAUUUGUUAUAGAAAAAGGUCUUUGCGUUGUGUGCUUGAAAAAACAUGAAAUUGAACAUUCGACCGCCAUUGUGAAAGUGCAAGAUAAAUCUGGGGUCUAUCAUUUAUUCCGUGCGUUGAUCGAUCAAGGGUCACAGGGAAUUGUUGUGUCCGAAAGAGCCGUUCAAAUUCUACGUCUUCCACGCAAGAAGGCAAAUGUCCCAUUGCUCGGAAUUGAUGAUAAACCACUCGGAAAAGCAACAAAAUCAAUCCGAAUUCAAGUGCAAUCUGCAGUAAACAGCGAUUUCGUCAUAUCAAUGGAAGCACUUGUAAUGCGGUCAAUCAUGUCAGCCGGCCCACAGUUUGAAAAACACAAUAAAUGGAAACAUUUGAACGGUUUGCAACUCGCAGAUCCUGAGUAUAUGCAAGCAAAUGCGGUUGACAUUCUGUUUGGUGUGGACAUUUACGGCAUUAUCGUUGAAAAUGGUUUAAAGAAGGGCAAAUUACACGAACCAGUAGCACAAAAUUCGUCGUUCGGCUGGCUUGUAUUCGGCGCUGCAUGCAAAGCAAAAGAAUACAGCGUUCGCAUCCAUACAACUCGCUUGGCGAACACAAAUGAUAACGAUGACAAUGAAGAUUUAAAUAUAGCAUUGAAACGUUUCUGGGAGAGUGAAGAAGUGAAUUUAAAGCCAAUCAUGAGCGAAGAACAUGAGAAAUGCGUAAAGUUGUGCAAUGAAACGACGAUUCGAUUGCCAAGUGGCCAAGUGCAAGUGUCUCUCCCAUUUAACAUGGAUCGCAAUAAUGAAAACUUUCUCGGUGACUCUCGUAAGAUGGCAUUACGACGUUUUUUUCACUUAGAAAAGAAAUUUGAAAAGGAUGCAACUUACUAUGAACGAUAUAAAGCCGAUAUGUUGAAUUAUCUUGAGUGCAACCACAUGAGCUUAAGCAAAUCACCAUCUAACGAGGGUUACUACGUGCCACAUCACGCC